ACUAAAUUACCACAGCGCCACGCCACCACCAUGUCAUCCUCGGGCUUCCAGCGCUUCUUCUCCCAGCCCUUCGACGUCCAAUGGCGCACCGCCGUCGUGCGCCUGCCGCGCGCCGUGCCCGACCAGUUCCUGCGCAUCACGUCGUCCGAGGGCCCGCACCCGUUCGUGCUGAAGCUGCCCUCGCGCGGCACCUACACAAUCCCGGUCUACGUCUUCGUGCCGCCGACGCCGCCGCCCGACGGCCAAACCGCAUACCCGGUGCUGCUGGACUUCCAUGGCGGCGGCUUCGUGCUCGGCAGCUGUCUUGAGCAGGCGCCCUUCUGCGCCGAAAUGGCGCGCGACCUCGGCGCCGUCGUCAUCUCCGUCGACUACCGCAUGGGGCCCAUCGACAAGUUCCCUGCCGCGCUCGAGGACGCUGAAGACGUGCUCAGCGCCAUCGUGGACCCCGCGUCCAACGCGUACGAAGCGCUGCGCACAGGGAUAGCGGCGGAGGUCAAGCCGUUGCAGAAAGACGGCCCGCCGCGGACAGUCACGCUCGACGCGGCGCGUCUGGGCAUCGCGGGGUUCAGCAGCGGCGGCAAUCUGGCGCUGGAAUUGGCGCUGUCGCUCACGCCGCCCGACGUGCCCGAGGCGUGGCCCUCGCGCCUGCCACAUGCCUACACAAGCCCGCUCCCGCUGCUGCUGUACUACCCGUCGCUGGACCUGCGCAUGCUGCCGUCGCAGCGCACGCGCCCGCCCAAGCUCCCCGUCGGCCGCUCCUUCUGGGGCGACAGCUUCGACGUGCUGGCGCCGACGUACCUGCCGCGCGAGCACGGGGGGCAUCCGCGCGCGUCGCCCGGCCUCGCGCCCAUCAAGGACGACGGCUUGCACCCCAUGGCCCGCAUGUACCUGGUGCUGCCUGAGGUGGACACGCUGGCCGAGCAGAGCGAGGAGUGGGUCAAGAAGGUCGAGGCCGAGGGCCGCGGCCACCACUUGAAGGUCGAGCGCGUGCUGGACCGCAAGCAUGGCUGGACGCAGAUGCCCGUGGGCUGGCUGAAUGACGAGGAGAAGCGCACGCGCCAGGAGACGUUUACGACGGCCAAGAAAUUCCUGAAGGAUGCUUGGGAGGGGAAGGAGCCGGUUUGAGUUCUGAGUGAGGGGAUUGGUUAGAAGC